AUGCCCGCCUCAGAGGCCGCCUGGCGCCGCCCCCCCGCUCCCCUCCCCGCCGUCCCGGGGCCGACGGGGGCGGCCGCCGCCACCCCGCCCAGCUUCCCGGGCGUGCGGUUGAGUGGCCGCGCUCCUUCCGGCGCUGCGGAGUGCCCGGACCCGCUCGGGAGGAGCCCACACCGCCCGGCGGCGAAGCCGAGGCGGCGGCGGCGGCUCGGGCCCUGGCGGCGCGGUCGCACCGGCACGCCGGAGGAAGUGGGGGUCGUUCCCCGAAAGCCGCCGGGAGAGGAGGCGGGCGGGGGGCGCAGCCAAGUGGCGGCCAGGCCCCGCGGCACCGAGAGGUUCCCCGAGCCCUCCCCGCCAGGGCGGGCCUCGGGCGGCGCCGGCGCCCCUGCCCCUGCGCCCCUGCCCCUGCCCCGCGCGGCCUUCCAGGGCGGAAGGCCCCCGCUGCAAAGCUGGGAUUGCAGCUAGCGUGGAGGUCGACGUGAUUUCAUGAAAUGGUGUUUUAUUAUUAUUUCAUUUGGAAAGUAUAUUCGGUGCAUGCUGUGGAGGCAGAAAAGUUACCUGGUAUUAGAAAAUGCCUGGAGUGGGACGGUGCAGCAGUAGUUCAGUCCUCUUAUACAUAUGCAUUAAUGAAAUUUUUGUGAUCCUCUUGUUUUGACAGUGUUCCUGUUCAGCAUAUAGACUCCACAUAAUUUUCUCUUUUUUUUUUUGUUAGUGUGUGUCCCUACAUCUUACUGACCAUACAGCGUUCAAAGCAUCCAGGUCCUGCUUCCAGGGAGAAGAGUUUAAUCUCUCAUGAGCUUUUUUACUCAUAUAUGAGCAUGUAUCAACAAAUACUGUAUUGCAGUAUAAAAUCUAAUAUUGUAAACACACAAUUUCGUUGUACCAUAUGGAAUAUUUUCCAGAAAAACACUAAUUAACCUUAGAAUAACCCAGGAACUACAGAAAUGUUUCGGUAGGAGAGCAUGGUAUGGUGAACAGUUAUGGCAGUCUGUCUUUUUAUCAGGUACUUGCCAGCAUAAAAAUCAGCGUUGGGAUUGAAUGCAGACACAGCAAAGGAAAGGAAAGCAAUCCCUGUGGCUUAGUCUGAUAAUCCUCUGAAAGUAAAUUGGCCCUACUCUAAUCAACAUAGUGGUUGGAGAAAAAGUGAAAUUACUUCGCUUCCAAGAUAAUAAAUGCCAAAUGCCAGAAGGUCUCCUUGCAUAUUUCAGUAGACGGCUAUUUUCUGUUCAAUACAUGUCUCUUAGGCUACUCCUGCAGCCCUUUUGUCACCAUGAAAACAAAAAACCCAACCCUGCUUUAAUUAAUGAAGUUCAGUUUCACCUAGCUUGCCCUGCUGUGAUAGUCCAGUUCAAAAUGUUACCUGCUCUGCCCUUUUGAAAAACUGUGGUAACAUUACUUUUACCCAUUUGAAUGCAUGACUCACACUGUUGCCAUUCUAGGUUUGGAUGCCUAGACCCCAAACUGGGGAGACCCUAACUCGCUCAGAUACCAUCUUUCUCCCAGGAGUGUCACUUUGUUUUGAACCAGUCUUGUUUUAGAAUUACUACUGCAUUCUGUUCUAAUUUUCCAGAGCCCCCUAAUCUUCUUCCAGGCUCUUAAUGAUGUAGUCGAUAAUAGGAUUGUUGGUAUUAAUUUGGAACAAUAAUGCCAGCUGCCUGCUUGGCGGCUAUUGGCAGAGGGGUGACCUUGCAGGUCAGCUAAGCAGAACUGGAAGUGCUUUGAUCUGAUCUAUACAGAGCUAGAUCUGUCCACCCAAACGAGAGGAGCGAGUGAAUUCUCUCUCCAUGGGAUGCUGAUUCUUCUCCAAAGAGCACGGGGGACAGCAUGGCAGUGGCUUUUGAUGCAAUCCUCGCUCGGAUCAAGGAUGUUUGUAAAAGAAAUGGUUUGCUCAUUCUCUCGGUGUUGUCAGUCACCAUUGGCUGUCUUCUGGGAUUCUUCCUGAGGACCAGACGGCUCUCCCAGCAGGAAAUCAGUUAUUUCCAGUUUCCUGGUGAGUUACUCAUGAGGAUGCUGAAAAUGUUGAUUCUCCCACUAGUUGUCUCAAGCUUAAUGUCUGGGCUAGCAGCCCUGGAUGCCAAGACUUCCAGUCGAUUAGGUAUCAUAACCGUCACUUACUACCUGUGGACAACAUUUGUGGCUGUGGUUGUGGGAAUAAUUAUGGUCUCCAUUAUCCAUCCUGGUGGAGCAGCACAGAAGGAGAGCACAGAAGAGGGCGGAAAGCCCAUCAUGAGCUCUGCAGAUGCACUGCUUGACUUAAUCCGGAACAUGUUUCCAGCCAAUCUUGUUGAGGCCACAUUCAAGCAGUAUCGCACCAAGAGUAUUCCCAUCAUUAAAUCUAACAAAGCAUCAUCAGAAAGCACCACUCGUCGCAUUAUAAUAUAUGGAGUCCAGGAUGAGAACGGAUCCAAUGUCCAGAAUUUUGCCUUGGAUAUCACUCCCCCUCCUGAAGUGAUUUACAAGUCAGAACCAGGCACCAGUGAUGGCAUGAAUGUGCUAGGGAUUGUGAUAUUCUCUGCCACAAUGGGUAUAAUGUUGGGAAGAAUGGGGAACAGUGGUGUUCCUUUGGUCAGCUUUUGCCAGUGUUUAAAUGAAUCUGUCAUGAAGAUAGUGGCAGUUGCUGUUUGGUAUUUUCCAUUUGGAAUUGUGUUCCUAAUUGCUGGUAAAAUCUUAGAAAUGGAUGACCCUUCAGCCAUUGGGAAGAAACUGGGUUUCUAUGCCAUUACGGUGGUUUGCGGCUUAGUGGUACAUGGGCUGUUUAUUCUGCCAAUGAUGUACUUCUUUAUCACCAAGAAGAAUCCCAUUGUCUUCAUCAGAGGGAUUCUUCAAGCCUUGCUCAUUGCUCUGGCCACGUCCUCCAGCUCAGCCACACUGCCUAUCACUUUCAAGUGCUUGUUGGAGAAUAACCAUGUGGACAGGAGGGUUGCGAGAUUUGUGCUGCCUGUGGGAGCCACCAUCAAUAUGGAUGGGACAGCUCUCUACGAGGCGGUGGCUGCCAUCUUUAUUGCACAAGUAAACAACUAUGAGCUGGACUUUGGGCAGAUUAUCACUAUAAGUAUUACAGCAACAGCUGCAAGCAUAGGUGCUGCAGGCAUCCCGCAAGCUGGCCUGGUGACAAUGGUUAUUGUUCUGACCUCAGUUGGGCUCCCAACAGACGACAUCACGUUGAUUAUUGCUGUUGACUGGGCACUAGACAGGUUUAGAACAAUGAUCAACGUCCUGGGAGACGCGUUGGCUGCUGGGAUCAUGGCCCACAUCUGCCGGAAGGAGUUCAUCAAGGAUGGUGAUGAGGUGCCAUUGAUCUGUGAAACUAAGCCUAUUAACAUCCAUCAGAUUGUGGCUUACCAGAGAAAUGGCUGUGUGAAGACCAUGAAUGAAUCUCGUGGACCAGAAACAGUGAAAGGGUUUCAGCACCACAUACCCGUACAAGUGGAGCAAGAAGAAAGUCCAGUGGAGAAUCAUACUAAGAAAUCCAACAGUAAAGACCACUGCACUAUUGAAAUAAAUGAACUAGAAACAAAUGUGUAACUGCUACGCUCAGUGGUAUCUCAUACCCCAGUGACCUGACACCCAAUCUCUACCUCACAGCUGGAAGGGGGACUCUGCCUUGAACAGAAAAAUGUGGAAUUAUUGCCACCCUGCUUGUACUGGAGCUAGGAGACCAGCUGUGAACAUCAGGAAAGGCACACAGCUUGCAAGAGACGUGGGCUUCUUUAGGUGGAAGAUUUUAAAACUGAAAAAUUAACUAAUGGACGACUACUGUUUUAUUCUGCACUCAUUUGACUCCAAUAUAGUAUCUGACACUCCUUUGGCUUCUUUUUUUUAAAGUUUUUUUUAUUUUACCCUUUUUGAUUUUCUAACCAAAGCCUUUUUUUUGUGAAUCUCAGUAAUUAUGAACACUGUAUUUAUGUAGAUUGUUUUGCUAUGUGAAAAUGUUUCACCAAAACUGCUAAAGAUACUAAUUUUGUCUAAUAUUUGCUAAAUAUAGAGUUUGUGCUUAGUUUUAGAACAGCACUAAGAAAAUCACACUGAUUUCUUGAUCUCAAGGUGUUACAUAUAUUACUAAAUAACACUUCAAGCAGAGGUUAAGCAAAGCAAAGGUAAAUCUAAUGGGCAGCCUUCAGAGACAGGCAUUCAAGUGUGAUACGUAACACACAGAAUUCCUAGGUCACUGCAGAGCACAGUUUGCCUUCCAAGUGCCAGAUUUAUUAAUCUUUUUUUAACCUAACUCUUUGGUAGAGUCAAUACCAUGCACAUGCAGUGACAGAGACGAUGUAAGCCCUAAUCCAUAAGCACUGGUGCUAAUGUGUCCUCUCCUGUAAUCUGUAGGUUCUUCUACUGUAAAUAUGUAUAAACCCAAAGCUCAAGCUCAUGAACCAUUCAUCCUAAGGGCACACUGAACACAAACUGGAAGCCAAUGAUGCUGAGUAAUAUUGGGGUUUCGUGAGGAGUUUGCUGUGGAAACUGGUUAUUUCUCGUAAAUCAGUGGUUGAUCUACUUUGACAGUUACCCCCUUUCCACUAUAUACUGAAUCUUUCAGUUACAAUAAAAUCUGCUGAGUAUGUUUCCAAUGUUUGUGAUAGAGAACAUUUUUAAUAAACCUGCCAUUUAAAAACA